CUGUCUCUCUCUCUCUCCUUCCCUCCCUUCCAGGCAGUUGCACGUAAUGGAUGAAACUUAUGUGAUCAACCAGGUGAAAGAAGACGUGUGCUACGUCUCCCAGCAGUUUUACAAAGACAUGGAGAUGUUACAGAGGAAGAAGGGGGAGGUAAACAGCGUGAUGAUAGAUUACGUUCUUCCAGAUUUCAGCUCCAUUAAAAAAGGAUUCUGCAAGCCGCGAGAGGAGAUGGUCUUAAGUGGGAAGUACAAGACCGGAGAGCAGAUCUUGAGGCUGGCCAACGAGCGCUUUGCUGUCCCCGAGAUGCUCUUCCACCCGUCAGACAUCGGCAUCCAGGAGAUGGGCAUCCCCGAGGCCAUCGUGGACUCCAUCCAGUCUCUGCCAGAAGAGAUGCACGCCCACUUCUACCAGAACAUCGUGCUGACGGGAGGAAACGCGUUGUUCGCCGGCUACAGGGAGCGACUGGAGGCCGAGCUGCGCUCGCUCGCCCCCGCCCACCUCCCCGUGUCCGUCCUACAACCUGCAAAUCCCAUCUGUUAUCCAUGGGAAGGAGGAAAGCUGCUGGCCCACAGUCCAGACUACGAUGAGAUAGUGGUGACACGCGAGGACUACGAAGAGAACGGACAUUUUAUCUGUGAAGAAAAGUUUGAUAUUUGACUGAAAGUAAACUCUGGGCUGCAGAUUGUUCUGCAUCAUCAUCCUCAGCAUCAUCAUCGUUAUCAGCAGCAACAUCAUGGACCGGAGGAAAUGAAUCCAAGGCAUUACAAAACUCUGCAAACUGACUCAACUCUGAUUGACUUUAGGAUAAUCAGGAUCUGUCUUUAAAGUGCAAAAUGGAUUCAAACAAGUGAAAUGUGAAAUGAAAGUUGUUGUUUUUUUACAUAAACAUUAUUUCUGUGUUGUCUUUUUA